GACACGUCCAACGUCAAGCGACGUCAACUUCCAGGUCAACUCCACCCCCACCACUAUGCCCCGCUCGAUGACGCCGGAGGAGUACCAGGAGCUCGGCCGGCGCUACUACAAGCUCAAGCAGUUCGACAAGGCGCUGCAAACAUUCAACGAGGCCAUCGACGCGUCGCCCACGCUCAGCCUGUACGACCACCGCGCGGCAUGCCACGACAAGCUUGGAGAGCACAAGGCGGCCGUGGAGGAUGGGCGUACAAUGAUCAAGCUGGACAAGCAGAACGUCAGGGGGUAUUUGCGCACGGCCAGCAUAUUGGAGAAGAUGGAGCUGCCGGAGCGGGCACUGGGCAUCUACAAGUACGGCAUGAAGCAUGUGCCGGUUGAGGACGAGAACUUCAAGCUCCUCCAGCAGCUCCACGACAGGCUCACCCGCACGCUCUCGCCGGCCAAAGCGGUCGACCCCUUCACCGUGCUGCCCGUCGAGGUGGCCGAGAUGGUGCUCGAAUACCUCGCCUUCCACCAGAUGGUCGGCUGCAUGCGCGUCAGCAGGGGAUGGCGCGACUACCUGCAGAAGCUGCCGCGUCAAUGGCGCCAUCUCGACCUGUCGGCCGCCCGCCGCCCUGUCUCGCGCAGAUUCGUCGACAGCGCCGUGCGCCGCUCGCAGUACCGCCUCGAGCGCCUCACGCUGCACCGCUUCCGGCACAUGGACGUCGUGCAGAACGUGGCGCGAGCCUGCAAGAACCUGACGGAGCUGACCAUCUGGACCCUGCCCCCGCACACCGCGCAGUCGCUGGUCGCCAUCGUCCAGGCGUGCCCGAGCCUGCAGAAGCUCGUGGUCCACGCCGAUACCACCGCCGACACGGCCUCGCAGAUCUUCGACCACGGCAAACACCUCUCCCACAUCGAGCUCCACGCGUUCCAGCAGUUCCAGCGCGCGCCCCACUGGGCCGGCCCGUUCCCGCGCCUCACGCACCUCCGCCUCGUCUCGUCGCAGCCGCACACCAACCUCAACGCCCUCGUCGCCCAGACCCCCGCCCUGCACUCCCUCGUGCUCAGCAACCCCUACGAUGCGCGUCUCGACCUCGCCCACCUCCCGCUGACAACCCUCGUCCUGCACAGCACCCAGUUCCUCGCCCGCCCCUCCUUCCCCCCGACACUGACCCGCCUCACCCUCGACCUCCCGCCGCCCUCGGGCCUGACGACGUGGGACCUCGGCGCCCCCGCGCUGCCGCACCUCACGCACCUCACGCUUACCAACGCGGCCGCGCUCGACGCGACCUUCUUCCCCGCGCUGCUCGACGCACACGUCCCGCCUGGCUCCACGGUCCCUGUCCCCGUGCACGGCGCCCCGCUAACACACCUCUCCCUCUCCGGUACCCUGGCCCCGGGCACCCCGCUCCUCGGCCCCAGAGGCCUGCUGAGUUCUUCCCCGCGCCUGCUCACACCGCACCUCACCUCGCUGACCCUCCUCGACCUACCCGCCACCGACGACGACGUAGACGCGCUGCUCACACAUCCGCUGUCUGCGCUCCAAGAAAUCAAUGUCUCGGGCUCCCGCGUGUCGGGCGCAGGGGUCAAGGCGCUGGUUGAGGGACUCAAGGGGCUAAAUAGGGUGUGUGUUGGGAGUGCGGUGCGGGGGAGGGAGGUUGUGGAGUGGGCUAGGGGAAGGGGGGUGGGUGUUGUGCUUGGGGGGGAGGGGGAGGGGAGGGGUGGGCGGAGGGUUAGGGGGUGA